AUGGCAAAAGUUCUUGCACGUUCUAAAGGUCAAACAUUUGGAGAAUUUGUAUUGGCAAUAUCUAGGCAUACAUCUGAUUAUGGUCAACAAUUGAGAGCUGCCAUGAAAGUAGAAACAAAUAAUUUUCGAGAAUACGUUAAUAACGUUUUAUCACAAAGAAUAAAAGAUUUAACGGAAGUUUUAGACGAAGAACAAAAUGCCGAACUUAAAAGAAUUAAAUGUGAUAUAAGCAAAUGGCAACAAGAACUCGCACAUUAUCAAGAAUGGAAACGAGAGAGGGUAGAACGGAAUUUGGUACGAUUAUGGGUUAAUAAAAUAAUGGGUUGCAAUAAUUCAUUAAAUGAUCUUAAAAUGAGAAAUGAAUUUUUACAUUGUCUUGCCAAUUGCAUAGAAAGAGGAAAACUUUCAGCACCAUUUGAUAUGGAUCCAGCCAAAGAGAUUCCAAAUCAAGAGGAUGAAUCAAUGUCUAUGCUACAAUUUUUACCAGCUAAAAAUGGUGGAUUUAUAUUACCAAAACCUUUGCCAUCGGUUGGAGCUUAUUGUUAUUUGGCAGCAACUGCACAACCUCAAUGUAAUCCUUAA